AUGCCACCCGCAGUUAGGACGCUGAAAAGGAAACAUUCUUUGAAGGGAAAGAGUAUCCUCCCAGUGAUAAAGAGAAACAGGCUAAAUGAAGUAUCAGGUUCCGCAGCCAGGAUGGCCACACAAGUGCGGUCAGAAGACUUGGACACUGACGAGCUAAUUACUCAAUUCCGUCAGAUCACAGGGGAGAGCGCCGCUGAUUGUUUGGAGAUGGCUGGAAAAGUGGUGACCAAGAUAAAUCUUAUCUACUUGCUUCACAAUGCAAUUGUGUAUGCAAACGAAGUUGGGCAACCUGGGGAGCCACUAAAUGAGACGACGCAAUCAGAUAGAGUUGAAAAUGAAGGUGAUAACCAGACGGCCUCAAAACCAGCUAAUCAGGAGAAAGUUGAAAAGAAAUCAAGCAAAGAAAAAACAGAAGAUGAGAUUCUUUCAAGGAUCGAGGUACUGGAAAAGGCUACAGAAAGUGUGGAAAGCCUCAAAGAGAAGGUACGAGGACUUUCGCUACAGAAGUCGCCAAAUGAGGCGAUGAUCUUAUUAUUACUGGAGGAGUUAGCAAAUGUAGCAAGAAAAAAGCAACACGAAGAGUCAAGUGUUUUUGAAGAAUUGUCUAGACAAGCUCUCAAACAUCAGGGAUCUGUAAAUUUGUUAUCAUUAGUGUUGAAUGUGGUUGGGGGGUCGUCAGAUGUUGUUAUUAAGGCUCUAAACAAAUGUGCAAAAGAGAAAAAGGUUGAAUCUAAGUUAAAAAUACCAGAAAAAACAGAAAAUGAAAACACUCAUCAAUCACCUUUGGCAAAUGUGUACAAUCCGUUUUUGAUGCCACAGCAGUUGUAUCAAUAUGUACCAUACCAAAAUUACUCCAUGUUCAACAGUAGGCCUAGGGGAAGAUUUAAUCAAUGGAAACCUAGGGGAAAUUGUUAUUUCUGUGAUAUGCCUGGUCACAGUAUCAGAGAGUGUCAAAAGAUGAAACUAGCCAAAGAGCAAAGAAAAUAAUUUAGUGUGUCAGGAUAUUGUUUUUCUUUUAUGUUGGACAAGUUAUUUCACCAUGUAUCCAGGGACACUGAUUCCUUAGUGAAAAAUUUUCACGUGGGUCUUGGUGGAAUGCUGUCCUUUCCCAAAUCCUAUUGGAUGUUUGUAUUAAAAUAUAUAAACAUUGUAUUAAAAAGUAGAAUUAUUACUUUAUAAUUCAUAUUCUUUUGUAGGAAGU